GUUUGGAGGUCAUUGACCUGCAGCUCCAUUUUGGGACGGUCCGGCUGUUGUCAGCGUUCUUCAUCCUGACGGAGACGAAGACGAGGAGAGCUCUUUGAGGACGGGCGUGUUACCAUGACGACGGAGUACAGAGACAACAUGGAGGACGACAGCAGCUCCUUCUGGAAUAAAGAACCCGCACCCAUGACCUUCUCCAGAACCUCCAGGAUCCGGCGCUGGCUGGCGCCCGCCCUGACGGCGGCCUUCCUCCUGAUCCUGGUCAUCGCCGUCGGAGCCACCAACACCAGGAUGCUGAACCAGCUCUGGUCUCUGGAGAGAAGAGUGUCCAACCUGACCGAGUCUCAUGGCGGCUCCCAGCAGCUGAGCAAAGACACGUCCAAGGACGUCCAGAGGCUGAAGUUUGCUGUGGAGAACACCAAGGAACAGCUGGCUUCAGUGUCUGAGGCCCUGAAGCAGCUCUCGGCGCUGGAUUCUCUCACCAGAACCGUCACCAGGCUCAAAUGUUCCUUUGAGCGCUUCGUCAACAACGGUUCGGUGUCCAGCGGAUGCUGUCCUCUGGGAUGGGAGACCUCCGGCUCAAGCUGUUACUUCUUCAGCAAGUCGCCGCUGUCCUGGAACGAUGCCAGAGACUGGUGCAACGCACGAGAGUCUCACCUGGUCAUCCUCAUGACCGACAGCGACUGGGACUUUGUGACCGCCCACUCCGUUGGCACCUUCUACUGGAUCGGCCUGACCGACGAAAGGACGGGGAAGUGGGAGUGGGUCAACCAGACCCCUUAUGUCAUGAACCGCAGACGGUGGAAACCCGGGCAGCCCGACAGCUGGACCGGCCACGGUAUGGGUUCAGGAGAUGAAGACUGCGCUCAUCUUCACCACGACGGACGUCUGAACGACCUGCACUGCUCCACGGGCUGCGCUUCAUCUGUCAGAGGCACAGUCAGAGCAGCUGAGCGGCGCCGGCGCCUCCUCUGAGGACGUCCUCCUCCAGAGGAUCCAAACCUGUGCUGAGGAGCCGCGGCUCUCCGGCCAAGCUGCUCCUCUUCCUCAGCCUGUUAUCCUGCUGGUCCAACAGCAACCAUUAAAGAUCUGGUCUCACUAUU